GCGUCAUCUUCAAGCGCACCUACCCACACCGGAAUUUGCCUGCUGGUUUCCACCAUAGACGUUAAUACGUAUUAAUAUUAAUGUAUGAUAUCAUACACCAUCGUGGAUCGUACGUUAGCGCGUCGACCUAUCCGUCGCCACACCCCUGUAAGACGAGAGACGAGCCUGAGUGACGAGCGGACAUGUCGGAUCAAGAGGCCAGUAAAAGGAAGGAGAAUCCAGAGAAAAACGGAUUAAGGACACCUGGGCUGAGAGGAGCAAAAACAACAACACUGUUCCGAGCUGUCAAUCCCGAACUCUUCAUUAAACCUAAUAAACCAGUCAUGGUGUUUGGACUGGUGACCAUAACACUGUGUGUGUGCUACCUGGGCUAUCUUCAUGCAGUGACAGAAAACAACCAGCAGCUUUAUGAGGCCAUUGACAGUGAAGGACAAAGACAUAUGCGGAGGAAGUCUUCGAAAUGGGACUGAUGGCAUACCAUGUUUAUGUACUUUAAGGGCAGUGGAUUAAAAUGUGAUUGACUGAAAAAAUAA